CAAAGGUGUGGCUUUGCUUUACUAAUGGAUCCAUGCGAGGAUUGUCUCUCUUACUUCCAUUGAAAUCUUUGGUGGGAAACAGCAGACCGGAGGAUAUCAUGCAACAGGAGGAACCAGCAAGCUUCCAGAAGUUGGAGGAGGAACUUUUAUGUUCCGUGUGCUGCAGUGAGCUUAAUGACCCAGUCUCCAUCGCCUGUGGGCACACCUUCUGCAGAGAGUGCAUCACAAAUUACUGGGACACCUCACAACAAAUGAGGUGCCUCUGCCCUGAGUGCAGGAAGGUUUGUCCCAAAGAUCAGCUGAUUCCUGUCCACAGACUCAGAAAUCUGGUUGCAAGGGUCCAACUUGAGGCUAAAGAAGAGAAAGCCAAGAAGGAGAGCCCCGUCUGUGCCAUUCAGUUAGUACGCACAGAUGAAUUUGGUCACCUCCAGGUAGAUGAAGCCGCCAUACACAGAUGCUUCAUGAACAGCAAUAUCAUGGAUUAUCCCGUGUGCCUAAUAUGCGUGAUCGGAGAGAAACAACAGAGUAAAUCAUCGCUUAUAAACUGUAUCCUGAGGACUUUGUCCUGCCAGGAGAAGGGUCAGCUAAUAAACCCGGGGUCACACAAUGAGCCAAUUAGUAGGUUUGAAUGGAGAGCUGGAAUAACCAGUAUGGCCAAGGGGAUCUGGAUCUGGAGCAAGCCCUUCAUUCUAGAUCAUUGUGGAGAAAAGAUGGCAGUGUUUGUCCUGGACACAGAAGACUCACUGGAAUUUGAGUCAUUGGGUGACACUGGGAUAAGGCUCUCUGCUAUAUCAGCAGCACUUAGCUCAUAUCGGAUCUUUAUUGUUGACUCAGUACUAAAAACAACAGUAUUGGAUUAUUUUGAGAUGUAUUUCCAUGUUGCGAAAUGUGUUGGAACAUCCUUUGAGCUCGAACCCUUACAGCACCUGGAUAUCCUUAGGCCAAGCAGAAAAGAUGUAAAGGUUUGCGGAAAAGAAGACUUGUGGAGUUACAUUAUUCAUGAGACUAAGUAUAAUCCGUCUUUGUAUAAAUUGGUUUUGGAGACCCUGAAAGAGCCAUUAGCAGACUGCUCAUAUCUGCCCCACAAAGGGAGACGGAGGAAAUUGUCAGUAAAUAUGGAGGAUGAUUUCAAGCAUCUCUUUGAAAUCUACAUAUUCAACCUGGUGAGAGACAUUCAUCUCCACAUCAAAAUGGAUAAUAAAGGAGAAAAAGUGACUUGUGGUCAACUGGCUGGGAUAGUAAAGAGUGCUGUGAACGUUCUGCAGAGAACAGAGUACAGCUUUGCCUCCCCAUUCCAGAUGUUUUUUGCUUUUGAAAAUCACAAGAACGUGUUAAAAUUGAAAGAGAGAUUCCACAAUUUUAUACACACGAUGUCAAAAGAAGCCAAUUCUCUGAUCAAGAAUAUGGAUGAGAGUCUAUCUCUAAUGGAGACUAAAAUAAAUAAAACUGCAACCAAAAUCCAGCUUGACUUUAAGGAAACGUGUGUAGGGGAUGAUGCCAACGAAAAUAAAAGGCUUGAAAAGGAACUUGAAUGCUACUUGUUAAAAUGCCAGCAAGAGUUCUUUACAGAACACUUAAAGAGCCUCCAUAGAUUUCAAAAUCACAAGAGGAUGGAGAAUAUUAGAGAGAAGUUUCUGAAAGUAAUAUUCACAAAGUCAGAAGAAAGAUAUCAUCUGAUUAAAGUCCAGAAUUUGAGACCAGCUCGAAUGGAGUCCAACAUCAGUGAUACGGCAACCAAUUUUUUGAGUGAAUUUAAAGAAUCCUUUAAAGGGGACGAUACCCAAGAAAACGAAAUACUUGAAAAUGAACUGGAAUCUUUUAUGUUUGAACAACAAAAAGAGUUGUGUAAAAUGUACUCCAAGAAUUUCUAUGCAUUUCAAAAUAAAAAGCUAAAGGUGAAUAUUAAACGGACUUUUCACCGAAAAAUAAAACAUAAAAAGGUAUCAGAACCAAUUUCUCUCAUCGGGAACAAUACGCACCCCAUUAUAAUAGAGAAUGACUUGAACAAUAAAGUUGAUGAAUUACUUUUUGUUUACAAAGAAUCCCUUGAAGGUAUUGAUGACCAGCAGAAGCGACAGCGUGUCCAUACAAUGAAAGAAUCUUUUAUGCAAGAGAAGAAACGGUUCUGUGAGGAGUAUAGAAAGAAAUUUCAUGUUUAUGAAAAUCAGAAAAUUAUGGAAAAAACAAAGAUUGCUUUCCAGAAAUUACUAGAGAAAAUGGAAUCAGAAACAGUUUCUCUCAUCAGGAAGAAUGAGCACCCUGAUAUAAUAGAGAAGCGGAUGAGAAAUAAAGUUUAUGAAUUACUGGCUAUUUAUAGACAAUCCCUUGAAGGCAUUGAUGAACAACAGAAGCAAUGUCGGGUCUAUGAAAUACAAACUGGCUUUCGGCAAGAGAAGGACGUGUUCUGUAACAAGUAUAGAAAGAAAUUCUAUGCUUUUAAAAAUCAGGAAACAAUGGAAAAAACUAUGCAAACGUUCCGGACUUUUCUGUACGAAAUGGAAGAAGAAACAUCAACUUUGUUGGCAAACCUGAUGGUGACACCAUUUAAAAUGAAGGAUAAGAUCAGUGAUGCUGUUGACAACUACAACAUAGAAUUUACAAACUCACUUGAGGGCACUGAUAACCAAGAGAAGGAGAUACUUGCAGAUAGAAUGGAUUUAUAUUUCACCCAGGAGCAGGAGGCAUUUUGCAAAGAGUAUUUUAACAACUAUCAUUCCAAAUUUUGGUGGAUUUUGUCAAAUGGAGAAGUGAAUUCAGAAGCAGUUGUGUGUGGAAUCCUGUGUGGUUUCCUGGUGUUUGUAGCUAUAGUAGUUGCAAUAUUAGCUGUAAUGUUGCGUUAGUGGGAGGUGCCACUGGGGGUGCUGUGGGGUAGAUGGUGCCUUUGUUUUUGGGGGAGAACUGUUCUUGAUAAGGUGUGUAUCUGCAAACAGCAGUCAGAAGGUGAAACCAGUAACACCAAGGGAACUAUUUACAAAUAUUCAGAUUUACAUUUUAUUCACUAAUCAUAUUUUUCUCAAAAAAAAUAGUUUUUUUAAAAAAUUUCUCUAAAACUUUAAAAGAUCGAGAUUUAUUCAAUUGAAAAAACCACAAAAAACUGCAAUACAUACUCUGCGAAGUAAAAACAGUCAAGGUCCCAUAGAAGUCAAUGGGAGCUGAGUUGAUUCUACUGGACCUUUACAAUUCAGACAUUUAGGGGCACAUUUACUAAGCUUGAGUGAAGGAAUAGAAUAAAAAAUACUUCAAAUUACGAAG